AUGUCCUCCCCCCACCCCAACACCUCCUACACCCUCGCCUGGAUCUGCGCGCUCCCCGAAGAAUACGAAGUCGCGAUCGCAAUCCUCGAUGAAACCCACGGUUUACCGCAACAUCAACCUCUCGAAGACAAAAACGCCUAUCUACUUGGCAGAAUAGGCGCGCAUAAUGUCGUUAUGGUUUGUCUGCCUGCAGGACGGAUGGGGACAACUGCCGCCGCAAUCGUAGCGGAGAACUUGUGUCAGACUUUUAGGUCGGUGAAGUAUGGGUUUCUUGUUGGUAUUGGGGGUGGUGUUCCAAGUUUUGGGGCGUCCGGGAAGGAUAUCAGGUUGGGGGAUGUGGUGGUUAGUGUUCCGGGGGGUGGGUAUGGGGGUGUUGUGCAAUAUGACCUGGCAGACGAGGGUGUAUAUCAAGGGCCACUGAACUCGCCGCCGGAAAAGUUGCUAUCUUAUGUGACACUGCUGAGUAUUCUCAUGAAGAGUCCUAGGGUUGCUGGGAACUGCUUCCGGGAACAGUUGGAGCUUCUUGGGGAGGAGUUUGAGUAUCCGGUUCGUCUUGAAGAUAGAUUAUUCUGCUCGGGGUAUUCACAUAAUUUUUGGAGAGGAAAAUGUGAGGCUUGUGAUCUCCACUGUGGUCAAAUAUACAGGAAGAAAAGGAAGGACACGCUUCCUGUUGUGCAUCUGGGCACGAUUGCCUCGGGGAAUACCGUUGUUGGGGAUGGUGUGACGAGAGAUACAAUUAAUCACCGGUUUGGGAACUCGAUCUUGUCUUUUGAGAUGGAAGCCGCGGGAGUUAUGAAUACCUUGCCUUGUCUGGUUGUUAGAGGUAUUAGUGAUUAUGCGGACUCGAGGAAGAAUGAUGAGUGGCGGCCGCGGGCUAUUGCUGCAGCUUGCAGCUAUGCAAAGGCUUUGAUUUUGCAGAUUCCACCGGAAGAGGUGCCGCAGCAGGAGGUUUCUGUGCAUGUGACAGGUCUAAUCAAAGACCUGCGUGAUGAACUGGGUCAAAUAAAGGCGGCACUUUAUGGUCUCUGGAGUCUUCAGAAAGAUAAUGCAUAUACAGAAAGUCACAACGAUCAUCGCCUGACGACUGUGUGGAGCAGAAGCGUGAGCAUCACCGCAAGCCUCACUAGCAGGCUAGCCUUCACUUAUUAUGGAUUGAUGCAAGCGAGCCAGUACGUAAGCUACAGGAUGUUGUCCUUUAUCGACAGCAUGAAGCGGUAUAUAUGUUCCAAGCUACUUGGGUACCCUACAAGAGACGCAAAAUCCGGCCCUAGUGCUGGAGCACCACUCCCUUCCGUACUUUCAUUUCAAGGAUGGGGGUGGCAUCUCAUUGCAGAGCCGCACAUGUGGAUGUCCUCGUGA